AUGGGACUUCUUCGACCUUUUAAUUUUUUACUCCUAGGCCUCCUUGUCCCCUUAGGCCAGGUUGCCUGCGCGCCUACAGCCGAAGGAGAACCAACGAUUCUCUCCAGAGACUACACCGGUUACACAGAGUGCAGUGAUGACCAGAGAAACCAUAUCAACAGGGCCUUCCAAGACGCAGCUGUCAUAGCACGACAAGUUACCCAAAAUCGAGGGCCCCAAACUUUCAGAUCGUCUCUUGCAUUCACACACUACUUCCGGGAUGACCAAUACGAUAGUGUCCAGAAAAUGUUGGCUGCAAUCGGAGAGCAAUGGCAGCCCCCAGCACCCGAUUCUCACCAAUCUGGCGCAGGCCCACAGAUCCAGCUCAAUCAAUUCACGGUGAAAAUCACUUGUCAAUACGAUGACGUCUGUAUCAGUCGUGGGAAGAAGUCCUUGGUGGUGACCGACGUAGGACCAGAAAGCAGCAGUUUCACUCCUCAAAUGCGGUUUUGUCCACAGUUCUUCAGGGAGCCGGCCACCAGUCGCAACCUAGACUCAGAACCCUACAAGCUAAAACCAAAGCGCUACGAGGAGAGCUGGUGCAAGCCUGGGUAUAAAUUUCUGAACUUCGAGGUGGGCGGGACCACGAUAGUUCACGAGCUCACUCAUUUGGACGAAGCCGGAAUCCGUGCUGGUUUCACGAGACGUCCUGUUGAAGGUCAACCUUUCUCCUCCGCCGGGACAGAGGAUAUUUACGAAGCUUCUGGUUACACAGACAACCCUCCCACGGCGGCACGCCAGCUUCAUGACAACUGGGUCAAGGCCCUUCGGAAAAACCCACCAAAGGACCCGCCUCCAUACCCGGAGACGCUCAAUGCUGAGAGCUAUGCCGCAAGUGUGACCGAGUGGUGGUUCAUGACUAAGUGUGAACUUGACGAUAUUGAGCUCUAG